AUGGGUAGAAAAUACAAAUGUAUUAAAGGUCGUAACUCUGAGACUGCUGAAAGUAGCUUCAGUGAAGAGGAGGAAGAAAAACUUCAAAUAGCUUUUUCGUUGGAAAAGCAGGAUCUUCAUCUAGUUCUUGAAACUAUAACAUUCAUUUUGGAACAGGCAGUCUAUCAUAAUUUGAAGCCUGCUUCAUUGCAACAACAGCUGCAAAGCAUUCACCUGGAUCAAGACAAAGCUGAAGCAUUUGCCAGUGCAUGGGCGGCUGCAGGUCAAGACACGAUUGAAAAGUUCAGGCAGAGGGUUUUGACCCCUCAGAAGCUUGAAACAAUUGGAUGGCGGCUUAAUCUUCAACUGGCAGAGUCCAUGCAAGCAAAGCUGAAGUCUCCUCGAGCUGUGCUAGAGCUGGGUGUGAGCAAUGAAGAUUCAAAGAAUUUGAAAUUUAUAUUUGUGGAGUGGCAUAACAGGGAGAGUUG